AGUUGUUACAAAUGGUAUCAGAGCGGACCCGGCCCAUAACCUAUGUGGACUAGGGGACACUGCAGCACGAAUCUAUUGGAGCUUACCACGGGCUGAUCGUGGUGUUUGUGAUUAGAUUUGAAUGGAUUUGAACCCUUAGCCUGACGAGGACGUCAGGGCUUAAACGAGGGAAGUAUGUGAGGACUCGUGCGGGCGUGUGUUUAGUCCCACAUCGGUUAUUCGCUGGGUAGAUCUUGGGUACUUAUACAGGAUCAAGGAACCCAAAUAAUAACUUCCGGCUAGCCAUUUUGGGUGAGGUCCUGGGUUGUUACAAAAGAAGUAGAUCCAGUGGCUAGCCUUGAGCCCUUGACUGGAUGCUUAUGGCGCGACAAGUAUCCAUGAAACAAAUCACGGCCGUCAUGGCAUGGUGGAUAGGACGUGGAGGUGGCAACUGACAGGUGAAUAAGCUAGGAAAUAGAUGUUACUCCAUCAACUUCUAUUGAGAUUCCUUACUAAGCCCUAAUCUUAUUAGAAUUUCUAUUAUAUUGACCAUUAAUUAUAAUAACUUUAGGAUUUGGAGAUGUCAAGUGGAAUGGUGAUAUUUUUAUCUUUCAGUAGAAGAUGGUGACUUUUUGUCUUGUGGUUGGAGAGAGAUUUUAUUAAGAGGGGAUGUGAAGAGUUUGGAGAGUUUAAGGAAAACGUGUUUAUGGUAGAAAGAGAAUUCUUUUUGGUUAGAUGAGGCAUCUUUGAGAUUGGAAGUCAAAACUCAUUAUUUUGGCUUCCAAAUUUUUUCUUCUACAACUAUUGCUCAAUUUAAUUCGUAUUUAUUAUGAACCCUAAGUCAGCAUGUUUGAUCUACAUCACGUGGCAUGCCGUUCAACAUGAUAUCUGAGUGAGAUUAGAGUAUAGCCACAUAGUUUGCAGCUUUGUGAGAUUUCUUCAGAGCCCAAUCUUUGAAGUAACGACUUGAUUAUUGAUGGUUUUAAAGGUGAUUGUUCAACAUAGUUCUAAAGCUUCCAGUAAUUCAUUGUACAUAUAGACAAAUAUAUGGACUCUAUUAUGAUUCAAUAUUCGGACUAUAAUAGUAGACUUCACCAACAUUAACAUGGCUUCUUUUGUUAUUACCACUUGUCUCCAACUUCACCAAUAUCGACAUAGCUUUUUGCCUCAACCACUUGUCUCCGUAAGUUGAAUAAUAUAUGUUAUUCAAUUUAGAAAUCUAUAGUCAAAUCAUAUCUAAUAGAACAAGAUUUAUGAGAUAUCUUGAAAGAGUCGGAAACAAUGCCAGUAGAUACUCUUAACAAAAAAAAAUGCGAGAAGAAAAUGGAAUUUGAUGGUUAAGAAAGUGAUGUGAAUUAUUCAAACUUAGUUGAUAAAGAAAAUUAUUACCAUAUCCAUGAUUUAAAAGAGCCAAAGAAACCAUGGGUUAUUCUUGCGGCUAUCCACUGAAGUUUCAGCAAAAUGAGACAUCUCAAACAAAAAUUAUCUGGAGAGUCGAUUUUAUUUUUAGGCAUUUUUGAAAAUCCAAAAAAAAGAGUAAAAUUAGUUUAAAGAUGAAGAUUUGAAGCUGAAGAGUUUGAUCGAUUAGAAGCUGGAUCAAGUCCAAAGGGUUUUGAAGGAUGGCAAAAUUGAUCAGAUCAAAGAUCAAUCAAGUCAAAACAAAGAUCUAAAGCAAAAAGAACUUAAUCAGCUGGAUACUAUAUCAAGUUCAAAAGAGAUUAUAAUUGAAGAAUCAGUUAAUUUUAAAGUUUCUCAGAAAUAGUCAAAAAAUGUUAUAGUUGAUCCAACGUCGAAAUUCAUAUUGAGAAGACAAUCAUGUAGAAGAGACUUAUAUCGAAACUAUCUAAGAUAUGUAUUUUUCUUUUAGAGAUAUAGUUAGUUAUGAGAAUGAAGAGAUGACUAAUUUGAAGUAAUUUCAAAAAUUAAACAGCAAAAAAAAUAUGCUUAUUGUGGAUAGUCUAUAUUGUCCCUUAGUAUUCAACAAGAUUUUUGGUAUACCGGUUAAUUUUGAAGCUACUCCAAUGUUUAAAUAGUUAAAAUACUCUAUGCAUAAAAAUUUGAUUUGUAUGUAAGAGCCAAUUGUACGCAGAUAUAUGAAACCAAGAAGCCAUGUAUGUUUCUGUAAAAAAAAAAGGGGAAACUAAUCACCGGUCCAGUGUUGGACCGGAGUAUAACGAAUAGUCCCUGUUGACCGAAAAUGAAACUUUCGGUCAACAGGCUCUCGAAACCAUAAUUUCCGGUCCCUGGGAGGAGAAAUGUCCAAGAAAAUUUGCCGAAUAUGCCCCGAUUCAGUAUUUUAAAGGCGGAAAAUGGAGACGUUUGGAGUUUCCGUAUUCCCUGGCCAACGGAAGAGGAGAUUCGGUUUGAAGGUGGGAUGAAGUAAGUCGUUUGGAGUUCUUCCCAAUUCCCUGUUCGCGUGGCCAACGGAAGGCGGGAGAAGGUGACCGUUGGAAUUCCAGAGAAGACUUUGGAGCUCCACAAGCAUUCUGCUCUGUUCUUUGAGGUUCCAACGGACUGUAGGGCAGUCGAGGGCCAACGAAAGGCUUUUUGGUUUGAUGUCCUCUGUUCUUUGGAGCUCCACAAGCAUAGUUUUCUGUUCUGUGAGGUUCCAACGGACUGUAUGCUUAUCGGCCCAGCCAACGGAAGGCUUUUUAGAGCAAGACCUCUGUUCUUUGGAGCGACACAAGCAUAGUCCUCUGUUCUUUCAACGGACUGUAUGCUUAUCGGGGGGGCAACGGAAGGCUUUUUAGAGCAAGACCUCUGUUCUUUGGAGCGACACAAGCAUAGUCCUCUGUUCUUUCAACGGACUGUAUGCUUAUCGGGGGGCCAACGGAAGGCUUUUUAGAGCAAGACCUCUGUUCUUUGGAGCGACACAAGCAUAGUCCUCUGUUCUUUCAACGGACUGUAUGCUUAUCGGGGGGGCAACGGAAGGCUUUUUGGUUUGAAGGCGGGAGAAAGUGUGGGGAAUUAACUUAACUGUUUUCCAUCUUGUUUCGUUUUGCCAUAGGGUGUGGGGAAUUAACUUAACUGUUUUCUUUGUUUAUGAAUGCCUUGUUCUGCUCCAGUGUGCCAUCUUCUUCCGUUUUGCCUUAGGGUGUGGGGAAUUAAGAUCAGGUGUGCCUCUAACUUUGUUUUAACAGAGAUAUUUUGCUGAUGUGUCUCUGAUUCUGCACUCUUCGUCUGACUUUGUUAUAACAGAGCUGAGCUCCAAGAAUUGUCGCCAAAUCAUUUGUGCUGAUCCCUCCUAUUUUCAUUAUGAUGGCUUCAAAGAACAGUAGUAGCCCGGUUUUGAUGGCCAUUUGUUGUUACGGUAGCGAAGCUGUUAUUAUUUCCAUCUGUGAGGACACAACUCUUGAUCAAAUAUUCAAGAAAAUAGUGGAAAGGUGGAGACAUUUAUCUUCUACAAUGAUAGAAAUUAAGUUUUAUAUUCCAAACAAAUCUAGAAUGCUUGUUACGCUCAUGAGCGAUAAAGAUGUUCAUAACAUGCAUCAAAUACAAGUGAACUUAAAUGCGGCAGUGAUCGAGAUGGUUGUUACUCAUUCUCCAAGCUUGAUCGAAGCUGCUGAUGUGGUAAUCAAUACCAGGUAUUCCAUAUUUGAAAUUUUAUUUUGUUCAUUUGAAGCUAAAAGAACAUUAAUAAAUGUGCUGAAAUUAUGUUUAUCGUUUUGUAUGGACAGUGGCUCAUCCCAUGGUGCUGAAAUUAGUUGGAGAUCCAAAAAUAUUUCAAAGAGUAGCUCAAGUAAUUUUGUCCAAGUUGUUGAAGAGACGAGAGCUGCAAUUGAAGAGGAAGAAAGUCAAAGAAAUUCGUUGGAUGCUUGGAAAAGUUGUAUAGAGGGCGUUGGUCAGGAGUUCAGGAAUGUCGAAACUCUUCGUGACAGCAUUCGCAACUUUUGUAUCGCAAAUUGCAGAGAUUUUGUGUUCAUGAAGAACGAUCGUGAGCGAGUUACUGUGGAAUGUGUAUAUGAAGAAUGUGAAUGGCGUAUCCAUGCUUCUCGACUUGGUAAUGGUGAAAAGUUUGCAAUUAAAAAAUGAACGGUAACCAUACAUGUGGAGGAGGGAUGCAAGUCCAGUCGCAUCCGAAGGCUUCAAAAUGUUGGGUUCCGAACAUUGUUAAAAAUAAACUUCAAGAUAUGCCAUUAUAUAAGCCGACUGACAUUGUAAAAGAUAUUCGCCGGGAAUAUGGUGUUCAAUUGCCGUAUCAUCAAGCUUGGCAUGGUAAGGAGCUGGCUAUGAAGGAGAUUUAUGGUGAUAGAUCGCUAUCUUAUGACCGAAUUCGGUGGUAUUGCGACGCCAUUGUUCAAACCAACCCCGGCAGUAUUACAGAGUACGAAACAAUUGAAGGUCGAUUCAGACGUCUGUUCAUUUGUUUUCAUGCUUCACUAUUGGGUUUCAUAAAAGGAUGUCGACCUCUAAUUUUUAUGGAUGGGACAUUUAUAAAACAUAAGGAUGGGGGUGUAUUGCUUGGCGCCACUGCCAAAGAUGGCAAUGAUGAUAUGUUUCCUAUAGCUUAUGGUGUGGUAGAUACAGAAACUGAUGAGAAUUGGGAAUGGUUUUGCCAGAUUUUCAAAGAAGCUAUUCAUAGUUGCAGUGCGUAUCAUGGUCAAAAGUUCACAUUUAUGACAGAUAGACAUCAGGGAAUUAUUAAAUCGGUGCCGAAGUACUUUCCUGGUUGCUACCACUCAUAUUGUAUUCGUCAUGUGAAAGAAAACUUCAAGAAUCAGGUGCUUGUCCAUUAUCGUGCAGCUGACAGAAAGAGGCUGCUUGAUUUAGUAAAUGCUGUUGCGUAUACUCCAAGGCUUAAUGUUUUUCAAAAGCUAAUUGGGAAGCUUACAUCAGAAGCCCCUGGUGCUUCCACCUUUCUCCUACAUGCCAACCCCGAGCAUUGGGCAAACGCAAUUUUUUCAGGUCCACGCUGGGGCACUAUGACAUCUAACGUGGCUGAGUGUUUUAAUAGUUGGAUCUUGGAGGCUCGUCAUCUGCCUAUCCCUCAGAUGGUUGACCAUAUCAGGCUUCAAAUUAUGCAGAUGAUGCAUGAACGGCGUAAUCAAGGAUAUAGCAUUCAAACCCACCUAUGUCCAGAUGCUGAGAAAGUGUUACAUAAAAAUGCAGAAGAUGGUCGGAGAUUAUCCAUGUUUACGUCCAACAUAAUGAUAUAUGACGUAAAGGAUACAAACUACUCAUGCAAAGUUGACCUCCAGAAUUGCAGCUGCUCUUGUGGCGAGUGGCGAAUCUUCGGCAUGCCAUGUAAGCAUGCUUGUGCUUGCAUCGAGAAGGCCGGCAGAUCCUUGUACCAAUUCACUGACAUUUGGUUCCAAGCUGAAUUGUAUAGAACAACAUAUGCCGAAGCAAUUAAUCCAAUUCCUGAUAUUGAGGAGCCGCACAGUGCAUCUGAAGAGAUUCACAUUCUACCCCCUAUGAAAAAGACACGUACUGGCAGGCCUAAAAAGAAGAGAAGACCUUCUCAAGUUGAGUUAGUACGUGAUAUGAGAUGUGGACGAUGCGGAAAGCUUGGGCACAAUAGAAGGACAUGUAAUGAGGUCAUACUGUAAACAAUAUGGUGCUCUACUAUACAUUGAAGGUAUGGAACACCUUUGGCACACCCUUGGCACACCUUUUGCACACCCUUGGCACACCUUUGGCACACCUGUGGCACACCAUUGCAUACAGUUUCAAUCCCAUGGCACGCCAUGGCACGCCAUGUAUUCUUAUUAUAAAUGCCAUUAUACACCAUGUUUUUUAAUAGAAAUCUGAAGAAGAAAAAAAGCAUCGCUUUAAGCUCUGUGCACACAGUUACCUGUUACCUGCUUCUUUGCACACAGUUACCUGUUACCUGCACUCAAAUAUGGUUUCUGUGCACACUUAAAACUUAAGCAAUCUGAUUUUUUUCCCUUUACUUAUCUGGUACUUUCAGAUUCGAGAUGGUCUAAAAGUGGUGCAAUUGCAAUGGCCAAAUGCUUAUCGAUGGUGCAGUCGAGAAUAUGGGGAAGGAUGUGGUGACGUUGUAGUAAAGGAAGACCUUUUGAAGUAAAGGAAGUUGAUUGUUGAUGUUGUCAACUAAUACAAAUUUUGGAUUAUUUCAGAAUUUAUCAAUGUGGAAUACUAUUAAGUUCCUUUUUCAUAUUAAUUUGUUGAUGUUAGCUGAUGCUAUGCCUUUUUGGGUGGCUGAUUUAUGUGGAGAGACCUUCUGUUGACUGGAAUUGUUCAGAGAAAGCUUUUUUUUAGGGCUAACUACAAUAUUUGAUCUAUAAACAUGGUGUGCCAUGGCACACCAUGGCACAGUUUCAGAUCCCCUGGCACAGCAGUGUUGCUUGGUUCAUUAAGCUUGAAACAUACUAAACAUACCAUGGCACACAGUAAAUUAACCCCCAAACACAGUUUUCUGUUCUGUCUUCACAGUUUAUCGUUUACUGCACACAGAUAUGAUUUCUGUGCACACAGUUUAUCGUUUAUUGCACACAGAUAUGUGCCAUGUGCACACAAUUUAUUGCAGAUAGAUAUGAUUUCUGUGCACACAGUAUACCCACCCCGUACGUCUCCAAGUGAAGGUUUGUCAAAGCUGCGCGGUUAAAUAAAAAGAUUCGAGAUGGUCUAAAAGUGGUGCAAUUGCAAUGGCCAAAUGCUUAUCGAUGGUGCAGUCGAGAAGAUGGGGAAGGAUGUGGUGACGUUGUAGUAAAGGAAGACCUUUUGAAGUAAAGGAAGUUGAUUGUUGAUGUUGUCAACUAAUACAAAUUUUGGAUUAUUUCAGAAUUUAUCAAUGUGGAAUACUAUUAAGUUCCUUUUUCAUAUUAAUUUGUUGAUGUUAGCUGAUGCUAUGCCUUUUUGGGUGGCUGAUUUAUGUGGAGAGACCUUCUGUUGA